AUGAGUUGUACGCAGUUAUGCACCUCAGGGCGGUUCAAGGAUGUGUUGCCGGAGUCCUCUUGUGACGCCAUAUCCAUUGCUUACAUGGAGGCGCGCCAGGCGCGCCAGGACCAGCUCCCGCCAGGUCGACAGCUUCUGCGUGCCGAACAGAGGGACACCUUCGCGAGAGGAAGAUGGAGAAGUUGGAAUCUGCUCAUGCAACCUGCCGACUUGGACAAGAAACGUCAAGUGCUUGAGGCGUCUAUUUCAGAUGAGAAGGUGGCCUUGGAUGGUGCUAAGAGGGAGGCAGCAACACGUGUUGCCAUUCACUCAGCCCGUUUUGGCUAA